AUGGUUUAAGCUUCUAAAGUUAUUUACAAAAGCUCUUCUAUAGUUUAUAACCCAAAUCAUAAUCUAAUGGUAUAUGGUUUUAAUAUACUAAUAUUUCUUAAAAUGAAUGGGAUGUCGCCAAAGUAGAAGCGGUUUUACUAUGUUUUUACUCUUAAAGAUAGUUAAAAGCACAUAAUAAAGCUCAUAAAUCAAUUGAUAAGUGUCAUAACUGUUGCUCACAUUGCUGCUAUAGGUUGGUAUUUUAUUGGAAUUCAAGAAAUAGUGAACAAUUAUCCUACUAAUUGGCUUGAUAAACUUGGUAUAUCUUCAUAGUUGUACUAUGAGAAAUACAUUUAUUCAAUUUAUUGGUCAAUAACAACAAUGACAACUGUGGGAUAUGGUGAUAUUGCAGCAACAAAUUAUAUUGAAGCACUUUUCAUAGCGAUCAAUAUGAUAUUGUUUAGUUGUGUAUUUGCCUAUUCAAUUAAUAACAUUGGUUUCAUACUCUAGGAAAUAGAGAAAUCUUCAAAAUAAUUAAACGAUAAUAUAACUACAAUUCAGCGAUAUCUUAAUAGAAAAAAUGUCAAUGUAUCACUAAAAAGUAGAGUUAGACAUUACUUAUCAUUUUUAGCUCAGGAAUAGAAAGAUAGAGAUAAAGAAUAAGAGGAUUAAAUUAUAUCAAUCCUAUCAAAUAAGCUUCGAGAUGAGAUAACUAUUGAAAUUAAUUCAAGAAUUCUAAGCAAUUAUCAUAUAUUCAGUUCUAAUUUUUCAUAAACAACAUUAAAAAAACUUGUUUUUCGAAUGAAAGAAGUACUAGUAAGUCCAAAUGAAAUUAUUUUUAGUGAUGAAUAAUAUGAUGAUCUAUCAAUUUAUUUCAUCCAAAAUGGUAUUAUAGAAAUUUAUCAACAAUCAGCAAUAAAAUAAGGAUAAGUUACUGUGAUUUAAACAUUAUCAGAUAACCAAUUAUUUGGAGAAAUUUCAUUUUUUUCAGGUCUUUCAAGGAAAGCUUCAGCAAGAAGCGUAAACUUAUCUACCUUAUACAAAAUAAGCAGAGAAGAUUUUAUAGAUGUUUUGAAUGAAAAUGAUGAAGACUAUUAAAGAUUUAAAAUGAUGCAAGAGCAAUUAAUUUUUUAGAAUGAGUUAUCUAUAUUAUAUACAGAAUGCUAUACAUGUAAAUAGUCAGGUCACCUUGCAAAAUCCUGUCCAAGGACACAUUAAUAAUUCGACAAACAGUUUACAAUUUUAAAAAAUUCAAUUUCCUUUUUUUAAGAAAGAGAAGAUAAAGAAAGAUGUCAGAUUAGAGUUAAAUAAAAAGCAUGCACACAAAUUUAAAAAAAUUCUGAUUUGUCCAAAAUGCUAAAAGAAAAUAUAUAAAAUUUUAAUAGCGAAGUAUAUCUAAUGUUUAAUUCAGAAGAAAAUGUUAAUGGAUCUGAAUAUACUAGCUCAGAAGAUUAAGAAUAAGAAGAAGAAGAUGAAGAAGACUCUUAAUCAGAAUCAUAGUAUGCAGCAGAUAAUAAAUCUUAGGAAGGCUCUACUGUUUCUAAUAAAAAAAAUUCUUUUCUAAUUAAAAAAUCAAAUAAAAAUUAAAAAAAAGAUAUUGCUUUAAAACAUAACAUCAUCAAUAAUCAUAUCGAAAGCGAUUAAAAUUGUGGUUAAGAAAUAUAAAUAACAAAUAAACCAGGAGGGAACUAGUAAUUAGAAAGGCAGGAUUCUCCUAAAAGCUAGAUGAUUAAUCUCUCAUAAAAUAAGCUUAAAUCUGUAGAAAUUAGUGAAGGUUAAAGUAACCAUUUAAACAGUGAAUCAAGUAAUAAAAUUAAUUAUUCAAAUAAUAAUAUAUCUGGAGAAUGCAAACAAACUUUAAAAUAAGAUUCUGAAUCAUUGAAUACGAAUUUUACUGAGAUUUAGCAGAAACAAAUUUAAGAAGAAUUAGAAUAAAUAAAUCAAACAAAUAGAAAAUCUUAAAAAUAUUUGUCACAAAAAAAAAAUUCAAACAAUAAUUUAUAAUACAUGUACAAUAUCAGUAGGGUAUCAAAAAAACUAUUUGAAGAUAAUGAUAUACAAGCUACUGAUAAUUAAUUAUAGUAGAAUAGCUCUGAAAGAUUUAGUUAGGUUAUGAGUUAACAAUUUUAAUCGUCAUAUAAUAACUCAAAAAAAAUGAAUACGUAAAAUAGUUCUAGGACUAUUAAUUUUGAAAGUAAUGAUAUUAGAUGCUCUAUCGAUUAAAUUUUACUUUAAGGUAUGAUUGCAAAUUCAAUUUUAUAGGCUCACAGACAAUCUUAAAUCACAUCAAAAAAAGGAAGUGUUCAUUCAAAUAUUUUUUAGGAUAUUUUAGAAAAAAAUUAUAAUUAAAAAUCUAAAAAUGAAAAUAUGAAAGAUGUAGAGAAUGAAGGUGGUAAAAAAAAAAAAUAAAGCUCAAUUAAGUUAAUAAAAGAUCAAAAAGAGGAGAAAUCUAUUAAAAAUUUGUCAAAUCUUAAUUGUGUUUAAGGAAGUAGCUCUAGCGGUUAAAUUAACAGUAAUAAUACUAAUUAGAAUAGUAGAUCUUUUUCAAAUGCAGCUACUAAAAAUUAAUAAGUAGAAAUUCUUUAAUAAAAGACUGAUGAAUUGUAGCUUGAUAGAUUUUCUCGUUUAAUUUAAUCAGGAAAUUUACCUCUACUUCUUUAGUAUACAUCUGGUUUAAGUUUUAAAGAUAUAAAUACAAUCAACAACAAUUAAUCUAUGGAGUUUUUUGACAAAAUGUUCAAUUUUAAAAAAUUUUUCCCUCAUAACAAUUUUGAUAAAGUAAUAAACAAGUUAAAAAGUAUUUAAUCAGAAUAAAAGAGAUUAAAAAAGUAAAAAUUAACCCAAAAACAGCGUCGUUUAAAUAUUUUAUUAGCAGAUCAGAAUAAAGCUUCAACGUUUAAUUUACACUCAGGAUAAAUCAAAAUCAUUCCAUAAGAUUUUAAUAUAGAUGUAUACAAGCCUACAUAUCUUUCUUAUGGAGUAGGAAUGAGAAAAGGAAUUAAUUUCCCAAAAAAUAGAUAUAAUAUUGACUGA